AAGACAUUCGCCGCACUCUCUCAGCAGAAGAAGACGGUAACUUGCGAAAAAAAGACAUCAUUAGCUUAUCCGCGUCAGAUUAUUAGUUAACUGAAAAAACACAGUAAAAAGGACUUGCAGGUGCGUUUGUUUUCAGUAUUGCGAAUCGGUGCUAGUUGUUAAUAAUGCAUAUUUGCCCGUCGUUUACACUUUAAAGACUAUUUUGCAACGCUGAUAAUGCUGAAGAUGAAGCUACAGAUGAGAACGGGCGAGGAAAGGGGCGACAAGACGCCUGACGACUCUUUAGAUCCGUCGAAGCCCCGACUUGCUCCCACGGCGACAUCUUCCUUGAUCUUCGAGAGGCUACAACAGCCACCUGGACCCCGUAAACACGCAACACAACUGGACAAAGAGACCGUUUUCGAGUGGUUCGGCCUACAUUCAAACCCCGCUAAGCGGAUCGAGUUCAUGUGCGGGCUGUUACAUAUGUGUCAACCCUUGGAACUCCGUUUUCUGGGAUCCUAUUUAGAGGAUCUUGCGAGGAAGGACUACCACGUUUUAAGAGAUCAUGAGUGUCGAGCGAACACCCUGAGCGAGGUGGGGAUGCUGACAAAUGCGUUGGACCCAGUGGUGCGGUCCAAACUCUUGGUCUUCCUCUCGCUACUUGGCUCUGACAACAGGGAGUGUGCUGGAAUACUCUCCCGGGUACUGAACAAUGUAGACCUGGCGUUGUUCUACAGAAACUAUGACUAUUCCCUCCCUCCGUUCAGGGACCCUCUCCCGCAGACUUUCUACCCUCCGUAUCGUGAGCCAGAGAAGGAGCCCUGCGAGCUUUCCGCUAGCGACACCACGGCGGAGGCUCUGGAGCAGCUGGCGCUGCUUUUUACCAUGGCCUCGCUUCACCCAGCCUUCCAUUUCCACCAAAAGGAAGUUGUCCGCGGGCUGCUGGAGAAAACCGAGCUGCUGCUGGAGGAGGAGAGACGGCAGAGGCAGCUCAGAAUAAACGCCCAGACGGCGACCACGGAGCUGGUGGGUCAGCAGGAGGAAUACAUGCCCUCCUCCGUGCCGGGUCUAGGAGAGUGUACAGCCUCCCACGUUGCUUGUCAGAACCGACGGCCCAGCCGGUGGGCAACACAAAGAGAAGCAGUGCAUAUUGAAGGGAUUGUGCUCAGUAGUGUCUCUCGGACCGGAGCCGACAAGGAAUACAACUUUGAGGUGAAGUGGUCUGACUCCUCCUCAAGUCGUGUGACCAAAACCCACCAUGAACUCGAGAACUUCCUUCUUAAGCUUCCAAAGGAUCAGACCACAGAGUCUUUUGAGAAGAGUAUUCUGAUACUUCUGAACCAAGGGGACCAGUAUGAGAGCAGGGAGGUGGAGAAAAACCUCAGGGAACGGUUUCUGUCGGCUCCUCCGCUCUUUAAACAGACCAGGAAGGUCUGCAGCUUCUUCACCUGUGACUCAGCUCACUCUUCUAAACCUACUUGUUCCAUAUGCCACUGCCAGCCAAAUAACGCAUACCACCAAGACUGCUCAGACGCCUCCAGUCAGGAGGAAGAGCCUUACGUUCAGGGACACAAGAAAAAAACCGGAUCCAGGAGUCCUUGUCCUCUCAGCUUUCUCAAUGCCAAAGGUUCCCAAGUGGACACUCGGAGGGGGGGCCAUGCUGUGGAGGUUAAUGGUCCAGCAGAGUGGAGGAAGAAGAACUGUUCACCCAGGGGGAGCCAUGAGAAGGAGCAGUAUCGUGAAUCAGAGAAGAGGAGCCACGCCGUCUCCAAGAUGAAGAGCAGAGUCCAGCCUGCAGACAGGGAAAAGGGCGGAUCAAAGGGCAAAGGAGGCGUCUUGGUUACCGUUGGUAACCUUGCAGCAGCACGGUCACCUCAGAGAAAAGGGGGCGUGUCUGUUCCUGACACCUGCGGCGACACGUCGUCAGAGAGCUACAGCUCACCGUCCAGCCCCCAGCACCGCGGCACAGAGAGCCUGGACAGCGAGGACGAUAACAACAAAGACACAGACAGCCAUUCGGAUGACGGCGGAAAGGGUGGCGCUGCCGCUGUGUACUUCACAGAUCCGGCUGUGGUGGACGGGGUCCACUGUCUGUCUUCCAACAACCUGAAGCCUCAGAUGCAGACCCUCUGCUCUGAGACCGACGGCGAGUUCCCCCCCCUGUCCUUCAUAAACCCUGUGUCCUGUGUUCUUCCCAAUGGAGCCGCUGACUCACCAAUCCCAGUGGUCUCUCCCCCAGCUCAGAGCCUCGUUCCUGACGGAAAGGCCCUUGAGGCAAUGAUGGUGCAGAUGUCUUUAGCACCUCCAGCUGUCCAAGCCCCAGGUGCAGUCGGAGACCCCGAGAAGAGGGAGGUGGUGCUCCCCUUCGGAAUCUCACCGUUUGGGCUCCACCCUCCAGCCAAUCUGGGGGUGCACCCCCUGGUCCAGAGGUUCAAAACAGCCCUGCCUCAAAGCCCCUGCUGUCCUGAGGGAGCGCCAGAGUCCAGUCCCGCAGCCUCACACCCGCCUCCCGUCAGAGCCAUGAGAGUCAUGUCCCCUGGGCCUACCUCCUACUCCUCCCCCCUGCUGUCCUGCCAGGACCCGGUCAACGUCAGCCCAGGACUGGCUGCUCUGCCACACGUGGACAGCUCCCCCGUCCAUGCCAGAGGGCACGGCCCAACCCUGCCCUCUGGCAUGCCUUCUUCUUACAGCAUCCCCCUGGUACCCAGCUCUGUUCUGCCCUCCGUUGGAGCCCCCAUGGUGCCGGGAGUGGCCUCCUCCGGACCUGCCCUCACUCAGAGCCCGGGCCCUGCCCGCAGCCACAGCCCCUCCCUCGUUCACAGCUCCACACAGAGUGACUGUUCCUCCCACAGCAGCAGCACCGCCCCCACCACCACUGGAAGCCCCCUAACCCUCCAGCAAAGCCAACCACUGCCCCCCCAGCAGCAGCAGCCCGCAGGCUGUGGAACAUGCGGCUGCCACAACAACUGCGGCAGUCGCGGCGGCAGCAGCGUGAGCGCCGCCUCCGGCUGCCAGGCUCCUUUCUACUUUCCUAGCCACCAGAUGGCGACGCGCCACGUCUUCAGCGUUCAUCCAUCUCUCUUCCAGCUCACCAACCUGUGCAGCAACAGCUACCUCACCCAGCCCCCCCCUUCCCACCAGGCCAACGGUGCCGCCACCCUGCCGCCGUUUUUUGCCACGGCUCCACCCCCUGCGUCUCCCUACCUUCAAUCUCACAGCCACUCAGACAUGAUAGGCAGCCAGGUGGCGGCGGUGGCAUCUGCCGCAGCUGCUGCUGCCAACUACAAUAUCCAACAACAGCUGGCUCCAGCAGCGUCCUUCUGCCAGAGAGUCUACCAGCACAUUUACCCGAGUCCUCUGGGGAUGCUGCCCCUGGCUGCUCUUGCAGGAGGCGGAGUCAACAAGAAGAACGGCAGCAUUUCCUGCUUCAACUGCGGUGUGAGCGGCCACUACGCUCAGGACUGCAACCAGCCUUCCAUGGACUCCAGCCAGCAAGGUGGUUUCCGGCUCAAGUACGCGGGCUCCCACGUUUCAGAAGCUCUUGACAAUGCUGACUAAACGGAAAAAUGAAGAGUUCUGCCCCCCCCCCCCUCCCCCCUCCACAGGUACUGCGCGGGAGUGGCUCCCUGAGGCAGCUGUCCUGUCCUCCAGCAGAGUGACCUACAAGGGCUCAAUGGACAAACCUGACAUGUGCCUGACAACUGUCUCGUUUCCAUGGAGAUGACUCGAAACAUGUCAUUCAUGUGAAGCCUACUCCCCCUCCCCUCCAGCUUUUUGAUAUUUUUGCACUGAGGGUUGGAACACAUUAAAUUAUUAAUUAUUAGAAAGUUAAGAGUAUUUUGGUUUUUACAUGAGACUCUAGUGUCAGUUCGAAUGUUCUUAAUACACUUAUUUCAAAAGGAGCCUAUUUAUCCUUUCUCCUCAUGAUUAUUGUUUUGGAUUUUAUCGUCUUGUACAGGUGUUUUCAAAAAUCAAAAAGACUAAUGGAAGCAAAACAGUGUUUUUUUUUUCUUUUCUCGAUAUUACUGAAAUGAAUGUACACCUUCUCGUGAGGAAUUUUAACUAAAGUCUCGAGCAUUGUUUGCCACUCAUACAGAAUGUUUGGAAGGUGAUUGCUGCUCUGGAAUUAUUAUUAUUUUUUUUAAAUCUCGAUGAAUGCACUAAAGCAUAGCAUGAACUGUAACAGCAUUAUCUUUUCCUUUUUGCUGAAUAAAAGCAAACUGCUGUUUGUUUUUGAUAUCCUUUAGUGCAGCCAGUUUUUUAUGUGUAAUAUAUUAGAGUGAAAGUGAUUUAAAUUAAGCUACAAAUGAAGAUAACUACACUUACCUGCUCAUCCUUCAAAUCCAUGUUUGUGGUGGAGGAAUUUUUUAGAAGGAAAUGGUUUAUCUUGAAGGAAUUGCGCCCCUUUUUUCUCUUGGAUGAUUUCUCCAGCAAUGUUAUAAAACUAAACAUUUCAGUUUUUUGGUUUUAUGGUAACUGAAGCAGCAGCAAUGGCCUGUGUAGAUGGUUCUGCCUGCAGGACGGCGCCACAUGCCGUAGCAGCAAAAAUCCCAUCACAGUCAAAUAUUUUAAGCACACUGACAGAAAUCCCCUUCCUUUUUUUAAGUUUUCUGGACCUGCUUGGAAUGAGAGAUUUAUUUGAUAUCUAUAUCUAGAUAAACUUGAAAAUACAACACUUGAUUAGAGUUAAAUUUCCUGAGUGGGAGGAAGUGGUGUAUUUGUGUGUGAUUUUUAAGAAAACAUGUCUUGUAACAAAAAAAAAUAAACUGUUUAGUUUGAAGGAACCCUUCAGUGACAUUUAUUUUGAAAUAUUUCAUCUGCUGUAAUGAAUUCAUAAACCUGACAGUUUAACCCUUGUGCUAUCUUAGAUGACCCCACCCUUACAUUGACGUGUUCCCCCUACCAUGACAAAGGUGGAUAAAGGUGGAAAGAUUUCAUGUAAUCCAUGGACACCAGUGAGGUUCACAAAUCAUUGAAGAAAAAAGGUUCAGCGCACUGUCUAGUGGGUUUAGAUGACCCAACUCCCAAUGUUAAAGUGCCUAGGAUAGCAUAAGGGUUACAGGCUUGAUGAGGUAAUCAAGCAGCUUUUUAGAGUCUGCAAAAUGUGAGAAGAGAAAGUUUCACAACUAGAGCAGCUGUUAUUGGCCUCCAGUCAGAAAGUUCCAAUAUGUCAUAUUUGCAGUAAAAACAUUUAGAGUCUGUGGUGAUGAUCGGACAAAAAGUAGAAUGUUCAUUUGCCUCAGUUUCCACCAUCUUUCUGUGUCUUAUUUUGAUGUGCAUCAAAUGCUUCUUUACCAUGAAGAUACUUUUAUUCUGAAACUCUUUUCUGUUCCAUCACAUUUGCUUUUUUUCUGAGUGGAGACUUAACAAUCAAGGUCUGGAACUGGACGGGUGGAGGAAGGUGGCGUUCCGAACAAGCCGUCAAGUUGUGAUUGUGUGUAAAAUGCUGUAGUGUACACGCGCAUAAAGGGGGCGCUGCUGCAAUCCUCAGCUGUAAUGUUUACUGUAGUUUGAUGCCCAUGUACUGGAAAAAGGCUGAAUAUAUUUCUAGAGUAAGUUGGAUUUUAUGCAAAUGAUUUUUUUCUCCCUGUAAUUAAAAGCAAUAAAUAUAAAAACAGGAAGUGAA